AUGGCGGCUGCGCAGGGGGCGGACGGGAGCCCGAGCGAAGUGGCGGCCGCGGCGACGGUGACCGGAGGCGGCUCUGGGCAGGUGACCAGCAAUGGCAGUGUCGGAGGAGACACACCCACGGAGACCCAGCAACAGAACCGAGCCCCGCAGGCUGCUCCAAACGCCUGGCAAGUCAUCAAAGGCGUACUGUUCAGGAUCUUCAUUAUCUGGGCCAUCAGCUGUUGGUUUCGUCGUGGGCCGGCGCCACAGGACCCAACCAGCCCUGGGGGAGCCCCCCGGGUGCCCAGCCGCAACCUCUUCCCAAAAGACACUUUAAUGAACCUGCACGUGUACAUCUCUGAGCAUGAGCACUUUACAGACUUCAAUACCACCUCAGCACUGUUCUGGGAGCAGCAGGACCUCAUCUAUGGGGACUGGACCAGCGGCGAGAACGCGGACGGCUGCUAUGAGCACUAUGCCGAGCUGGACAUCCCGCCGAGUGUGCAGCAGAAUGGCUCCAUGUACAUCCAUGUGUACUUCACCAAGAGUGGCUUCCACCCAGACCCCAAACAGAAGGCUUUGUACAGGCGGCUGGCCACUGUGCAUACGUCACGAAUGAUCAACAAGUACAAACGGAGGCGAUUUCAGAAGACCAAGAACCUGCUGACGGGCGAGACUGAAGCUGACCCAGAGAUGAUCAAGCGAGCGGAAGACUUUGGCCCUGUGGAGGUCAUCUCGCAUUGGCACCCCAACCUCACCAUCAACAUUGUGGAUGACCACACACCUUGGGUGAAGGGCAGCGUGCCUCCACCACUGGACCAGUACGUGCAGUUUGAUGCAGUGAGUGGGGAUUACUACCCCAUCAUCUACUUCAAUGACUACUGGAACCUGCAGAGGGACUACUACCCUAUCAACGAGACGCUGGCCAGCCUGCCCCUACGCCUCUCCUUCUGCCCCCUGUCCCUGUGGCGCUGGCAGCUCUACGCGGCCCAGAGCACCCGCUCGCCCUGGAACUUCCUGGGAGAGGACCUGUACGAGCAGUCGGACGAGGAGCAGGAUUCGGUCAAGGUGGCCCUUCUGGAGACCAACCCCUACCUGCUGGCCCUCACCAUCAUUGUCUCCAUUGUACACAGCGUCUUCGAGUUCCUGGCCUUCAAGAAUGACAUCCAGUUUUGGAACAGCCGGCAGUCCCUGGAGGGCCUCUCGGUCCGCUCGGUCUUCUUCGGCGUGUUCCAGUCUCUCGUGGUCCUUCUCUAUAUCCUUGACAACGAGACAAACUUUGUGGUCCAGGUCAGCGUCUUCAUCGGCGUCCUGAUUGACCUGUGGAAGAUAACCAAGGUCAUGGAUGUCCGGCUGGACCGAGAGAACAAGGUGGCUGGUGUCUUUCCCCGCCUGACCUUCAAGGAUAAGUCCACAUACAUAGAGUCAUCCACCAAAGUUUAUGAUGACAUGGCGUUCAGGUACCUGUCUUGGAUCCUGUUCCCCCUCCUGGGCUGCUAUGCCGUGUACAGCCUCCUGUACAUGGAGCACAAGGGCUGGUACUCCUGGGUGCUCAGCAUGCUCUACGGCUUCCUGCUGACCUUCGGCUUCAUCACGAUGACGCCCCAGCUCUUUAUCAAUUACAAGCUCAAGUCGGUGGCCCACCUGCCCUGGCGCAUGCUGACUUACAAAGCCCUCAACACCUUCAUUGAUGACUUGUUUGCCUUCGUCAUCAAGAUGCCCGUGAUGUACCGGAUCGGCUGCCUUCGGGAUGACGUGGUCUUCUUCAUCUACCUUUAUCAGCGGUGGAUCUAUCGGGUGGAUCCCACACGGGUGAAUGAGUUUGGCAUGAGUGGGGAGGUGCAGACAGCUGUGGCAGCCCUGACGCCGCCAGCAGCCCCCAGUGGGGAUGGCCCCCUCCCUGGACAGGACCAAGGGCCAGCCCCCAAACCGGCAGAGGACAAGAAGAAGGAUUAGUCUCUUUCCCCUGGUUUCCCUGGCCACCAACAUUCUUCCUGUGUCCCCCCCCAAGCUCACUGUGACCCCAUCCCCCCUGCCCUGGACAGACAGGGAGGGAGGGAGCUGGCAGGGGUCAGGGGAACGCUCCCCUGUUGUGAUGUGGGGGGAGAAGGCAGAGGAGGGUUGGGAAGGCUGGUGUUGGGGACGGGGAGCAGGGCGCUCCCUGCCUGUCUGUCCCUAUGUGGGUUCCAGCACCAUCUGUAAUCAUUGUAAGCCAUCGCAUCAUGGCGGGGAGGUGGGGUGGGAGGGGGCUGAGGCCCCAGAGCUCUCCUUCCCGACCCCCAGAUCCAUCUCUCAUCCCUUCCCAUGUCCCUCCUCCCCCAACACAGACUCUGGAUUUAAUAAAUUCAUAUGGGUGUUUAACUUAA